UGUUGUAGCAACGGACAAGAACGUCGGGAACGUGGAAGGACAUAGCAAAAGCGAUCAUGUAUAGGUUUUUAUCUCGUACUGUGUGUGCGGCUCGGAGUUCUUCAGUUAUUGUGUAUGAGUCGUGUGCUUUACCGACUAAAUGUGAAAAGGCAGCAGCUCCAGUCUUUAGAGUUGUAAAUGGAGGUGGAGUAAACGCUCUCAGCACAAGUUCUGUCAGGAUCUGCGAAAAGAAAGACGAUGUCGUCCCAUCUAAUCAAGAUGAGAAAACAACUGCAGACAAAGAAGACGGUCCAACAGAAACUGGCCAAACAAAGAUGGCCAACCAAACGGAGAAGCCAGUGGUCUUAAUGGCAGAAGAUGGAAGUACUACACAACAGCAGACUGAUGUUAAAACUGAACACGUGGCAAAGCAAACACAAGUCAACACUGAUGUACCUAAGAGUGGGAAGGAGAGUCUCCUGGACCUGCUGGGAGCCAUGAAAGUGGAAGUUACCAAUAAGAGGAGGCUCAAAAACUUAAAGGUGAAGCAACACUUUGAGUCACCUCCAGAAUACAAGUCGAAACCAGCAGCUAUGGAGAGCACGAUCAGUAUGUUUCAGAAAGCUACAGAGGAGGCUUCGUCACCAAGUGAGACUUUGGAUCCUACACUGGUUGCAGCUGCAUCUGCUGCUGCUGCUACUCUUCCUAACAGCAACCAGGCUGAGUCUGAGCUGCUCAGGCAGCUGAGGCAGCGCAAGGCCAUCACUGAGGCUCAGAAGAAAGGAGACAUAAGUAAUCUUGGAGAAAUUAUCGCUGAAAUGAAAGUAGGAAAAAAGCAGACCCGACAAAAUGCGUGGGCGGCCAAUCAGAUCCGGUUCGAUGAUGACGGACGAGGAUAUACACAUGAUAGAGGAAUCACUGCCGAGCUGGUUGGUGUUCGAGAAAGGAGGAGCUUCUUAUUGGGGAAAAGACUUAACAUCUUCUCUCCUUCUACUGAAGAGGAUGCAGUGGAAUCAACCGCUGCUCAGCCAACUCUAUGGGACGUGGAGUUUGCCAAUAAUUUGUCUCAGGUGACCGACCAAAUACCUCGCAACGGGCUUGAGGAAAUGAUCCAAUGGACCAAGGAGGGGAAAAUGUGGCAGUACCCAGUCGACAAUGAAGCCGGCCUAGAGGAGGAGGCCAGUGUCCCGUUCCACGAGCACGUCUUCUUGGAGAAACACUUGGAGGAAGGCUUCCCUCGCCAGGGACCAGUGCGUCACUUCAUGGAGCUGGUGGUGGUCGGUUUGUCCAAAAACCCCUACCUGACCGUGCAGCAGAAGAAGGAGCACAUUUCCUGGUUUAGAGACUACUUCCAUCAAAACGAGGAGAUCCUCAAGAACGAUGAUGCUUAUCUCAGUUAAACUUAAGACGGUUAAAUGCAUCUUCUAAUUUUACUGGAUGUGGACACAUAAAAACAAGAGCUACGAUCAUCUUUACCGAUGCAGUUUCUUAAUUCCUCCAAGCAGACCUGUUAGAGUGAACUUGAAAAUGGUGAUCAGACAAGAGAACCACUGUCAAAUGAUGUCAACAUUUGCUUACAGGGUGGAGAGAAAAUGUCCAGGAAGAAAGUGAAAUAUUGCUGUACGCACACUUUUUAAGUAGAAAAGUACAGUCAUGGGUUUUUGCUUCUAUCAGCGUGUCAGUUAUCCCAUCUAUCUCUGAACAUUUCUCCAUGCUUUGUUUGCACAGUCCAAUGCUACUGCAGGAAAAUAACUAUCUGGUGUCACUGAUGCAGUGACACAGCUGCAUUAAAAUGCAUUUGAAUUCUCUGUA